UGCAGUCUGGAAAUUAGAGACCUGUGCAAGAGACUGUUGUGGUCUGCAUUGUUCAGAUUGUGGGCAGUAGAAGGCAUCGCUACCUGCGAGUAGGAGCGGAGACCGAGCGGUUAUUGGAGAUACAGAGAAGAAGCCGGAGAAAGAAGAGCUGUCAUCGGCUGGCUGAAGUAUAAUAGAUUGCAAGCUCAUGAGACUGUCUGGGUCUCUUCUUCGAGCGGGGAGACUUGCGCACAUCUGGUGAGGAUUAGGAGAGGGCUCAGGGUUUGUCUGGGAUGGAUCUCUCCAGAAAAGCAGCGCUCCUGGUGUUUCUGUGUCUGGAUAUGUUGGCGCACUCCUUAGCGGACAUGUACAGCUCCAUGCUCAGCGUCCAGCAGGCCGUCAGCACCGAGAAGGUCUUACUGCGGGAUCUGGGGACCUACAUCCAGCGGGAAACCGACAGGCUCAAUGACUUAAGAAGGUUCCACGAGAAGGUCGAGGGCUUUCACCAGGGAAGCCAGGAGCCCAUAACGGAUCCGGUUCUCGCCUUCACCUUACUGAAGAGGCUUCAGUCCGAGUGGAGGAACGUGGUGCACAGCGAGGAGACUUCCGAAAACCUCAAAGGCCUCAAGGACGGUUACGAAAAGGUGGAGCAAAAUCUUCCCAUUUUUGAAGACGUAGAAGGGGCAGCCAAAGCACUAAUGAGAUUGCAGGACGUCUAUUCGCUCAACGUGAAAGGCCUGGCCAAAGGGAAGCUACAGAGGAGCGCAAGCCCCGGACCCGUCCUUCAUUACGACCCCUCGACGAUGUCCGCCAUGACUGCCGACGACUGCUUUCAAAUCGGCAAGGUCGCCUACGACAUGGAGGACUAUUAUCACUCCAUACCAUGGCUGGAAGAAGCGGCGAGCAUGUUCCGCCAGUCUUACGGAAGCUGGUUUACCGAGGACGAGGGCAGCCUGGAGGACGCUCUUGACUACUUGGCCUUUUCUUAUUAUAAAGCUGGAAAUGUUUCCCAGGCGCUGGAUCUGUCCCGCGAGUGUCUGCUCUACGAUCCGGAAAACAAAAGGGUGGCGCGGAACGUCGCCAAAUACGAGAAGAUUUUAGGUGAAAGUCGGAUCCGUUCAGAGUUGGAAGAAUUAAAAAUUCCCAGACCCAACGUCACCCACCUGAGGACGAGGGAUCUGUACGAAGGGCUGUGUCAGACCCUGGGGCAGCAGUCCAAGCUUUAUGAAAACCCGAGAAUGGUCUGUUUAUAUGAUACAAACGGCAGCCCUCACCUGAUCCUCCAGCCGGCAAAGAAAGAAAUCGUGAGCCUGGAGCCGUACGUCGUCCUCUUCCAUGACUUCAUCAGAGACCUCGAGGCCGAGACAAUUAAAGAGCUUGCGGCUCCUGGGCUGGCCCGGUCAGUGGUGGCAUCCGGAGAGAAACAGGCAGCCGCUGAAUAUCGCAUAAGUAAAAGCGCCUGGCUGAAGGACACCGCGCACCCUAUGAUCCGGAGGAUAGAUACUCGCAUAGCAGCUGUGACGGGUUUGAACGUCAGCGUCCCGUACGCCGAGCACCUGCAGGUGGUAAAUUACGGGAUAGGUGGGCACUAUGAGCCCCACUUCGACCACGCUACGUCCAGGAAGAGCCCCCUGUACAGAACAAACACCGGCAACCGCUUAGCAACCUUCAUGAUCUAUCUGAGCUCGGUGGACGCAGGAGGCUCCACGGCCUUCAUUUAUGCCAAUUUCAGCACCCCGGUGGUAAAGAACGCUGCUCUCUUCUGGUGGAAUCUGCGCAGAAAUGGGGAGGGAAACGAAGACACCCUCCAUGCCGGCUGCCCCGUACUAAUCGGCAACAAGUGGGUGGCCAAUAAGUGGAUCCAUGAACACGGCCAGGAGUUUAAUAGACCGUGUGCCCUGAACCCCAAAAACUAAAGGGAGGCCGUGAUGGAGUCAAAGCUGUUAUGAGGUCAUAGGUGGAGGAUCUGGUGCAACCCGAAAGCCAAGCAAAGGGUAGUCCGUGCUCGUCCAUACCGACAAGAAGGAGAGGGAAUCGUCUGCCCCGAAUGAUAGCUGGGGGGCCGCUAUGGUGUCUUUAGUUGAACUUAAUGCCGUUAAUGGGCCCAAUGUAAAAACAGAAGCAAUGAUUCAUAAGCUGUCUGGACCUCAGAAGUCUCUUCUUCAGAUGGAAACACCCAUGGGAGCCAAGACAAAAUCCCUUUUCCUGAAACAUUGCUGGAGUUUUUGUUUAGAGCAUGGAUAGGUGGAGUGCGGGUGACCAAGGGGUACGGACAGAGGUGGGACCGUCGGGUUUGAUUGGGGGACUGAUGUGAUGAUUAUUAUUGAUAUAGCGCCAUCAUAUUCCGCAGCGCGGUACAAUGGGGUUGUGCGGAAGGGAGCGCUGUGUGGGCAUGGGGGCAGGAUAGAAGGACUGGUGUGUUUAGGAUUGUGGCACGGUGUAGCAGCGUUGCUCUUUAACCCCUUCGGUCCAUACCGAUGGCAAACAGUGACUUCUCCGGCAGUGAGUGCCGCUUCGCGGGUUGGACCCCCACUCUUUGGGGACUCGAGUGAACACUCAUUGCUGUUUUAAGCCAGAAAGAAGAAGAUACAGACGUUUCUAUGGACAUACCGCAAACGUUUUGUGUUUUAUUUUAAAAGUAAAGAAUUAUUUCUAUCUGGUCUAUGAUGUCAUCGUCGCUUUGUGUAUCGACAAUAUUUUAACUGGGACCCUUAAGGGGUUAAUUUUCCCCAUGCAGGAAGGGCUGAGCUGACCCUGCAUAA